GAAGCUAACACGUUGUGUUUCAAUGCAUUCAUGAUGAAUUAACUGCAGUGCUACACAGCUAACUUAGCUAACGUUUGCUAACUGGAGCUUUCGCAGAAGCCAGCAGGAACCGCCUUGAUUUGAAUUUAAUACGCUCUCAGAACGCGGUUUCCUCUGUAAACGUGUCAGUUCUAACUGUAGGUAAUGCUCAUAUGUGCACGAAAACGCACAAUAACAAGCGAUCCCAUGUAUUUGUGUUAUUCUUGCCGACUUUGAUCUCGCUGCGCUAGCUUACGUCUGCGCUAAGGCCCGUGCUACUGCGGAGCCGAUCAUGUCAACCAAGCUGGCCACCGGUUAUGGAAGAGAAUUUAUACAAUGUCACGCUAUUUGACUUUAAUGGAAAUCACACUAGAAUAACACAUUUCCACCACCCACAGCCCCUCUUUGUAAUCUCUGGACAGGCCUAAUAUUAAGCAUAGCAUCCCUGGUUAAAGGGAUGUCACUAGCGUACAGUAUAAUACGGUUCUAACGCCACUCCUAGUUAGAGGGGAGGAUGGCACAUCGACGUACCCCACCUCAGUUGUCCCAGAGGACAGAGCACCUGGAACCUGAUAAUGACUCCGACAGGGACUCUGGUGUUGGGGAGGAUGCAGGGGAGGAUGCUGAUGAUUGCCAUGGAAGCACACUAACAGAAGAAGAGAACGUCAACAAGCAAGAUGGCACGGAAGAAAACAGCGAGAAUGGAGAAGAUUUUACAGUAUUUGUUGCAUUUCAAGGAAAUAUGGAGGAUGAGGAUUUCACACAAAAACUUAACACUGUCCUCAGUGGGAUACCAGACAUGCUUGAUAUGGGUUCUGAGAUGCUGCAGCCACAGCAUGUGGAGCCCUGGAACAGUGUGCGGGUUACCUUCAAUAUUCCCAGGGAUGCUGCUGAGCGACUUAGACUGUUGGCUCAAAACAACCAGCAGCAGCUCAGAGACCUGGGGAUUCUCUCUGUUCAGAUCGAAGGUGAAGGGGCCAUCAAUGUGGCAGUGGGACCAAAUAGAGGACAAGAAGUCAGAGUGAAUGGACCAAUUGGAGCACCUGGCCAGAUGAGAAUGGAUAUUGGCUUUGCAGGUCAGCCUGGACCAGGAGGAGUAAGGAUGGCUAAUCCAUCAAUGGUUCCCCCUGGACCUGGCAUGGCAGGCCAGGGUAUGGUACCAGGCAGCAGUGGACAGAUGCAUCCUCGUGUUCCAAGACCAUCUUCACAGACAGGUUCAGAUGUGAUGGAUCCAAUGAUGCAAGGAAUGUCCGUUCAGCAACAACAACAACUUCAGCACCAACAGGCUGGUCCCCAUGGCUCAGGCCCGAUGCCGCCUCAGGCUGCCCAUCACAUGCAGGCCUUGCAGACAGGGAGACCACUCAACCCUGCUGCACUGCAGCAGCUACAACAACAGCAUCACCAACAGCAACAGGCCCAGCAGCAAGCACAGCUCUCCCAGCUUGGAACUAGACCUCCAUUCAACCCAUCAGGCCAGAUGGCUCUGCCUCCUGGCUGGAACCAGCUGCCCCCUGGGGUGCUCCAGCCACCAGCUGCCCAAGGAGGCCCCACCUGGAGAAAGCCCCCACCUCAAGCCCAAAUGGUUCAGCGCCCACCUUCUCUCGCUACAGUUCAGACUCCCAGCCAUCCUCCGCCCCCUUACCCAUUUGGCAGCCAGCAGGCUGGGCAGGUAUUCAAUGCCAUGGGACAGGGACAAUUACAGCAACAACAGCAGCCAGGAGUUGGCCAGUUUGCAGCCCCCCAGCCUAAAGGCCCGCAAGGUGGCCCAGGUGGUGUUGCAGGCCAACCAAGACCCCCUCCACCGAUUCCACCAACAUCUGGACCGCAGGGCAACCUCACUGCCAAGUCCCCUGGUUCGUCCUCAUCUCCUUUUCAGCAGGGUUCACCAGGGACUCCUCCCAUGAUGGCUCAGAGACCUACAACUCCACAGGGUUUUCCCCAGGGCGUUGGAUCACCAGGAAGAGCAGCCUUGGGCCAACAGGGUAACAUGCAACAAGGAUUCAUGGGAAUGCCCCAGCAUGGACAGCCUGGGGGCCAAGUUCAUCCAGGCAUGCAAAAGCGUCCCAUGGGUUUUCCGACCCAAAAUUUUGUCCAAGGUCAGGUGAGUGCCAGCACUCCAGGAACCCCUGGCGGAGGACCCAGUCAGCAGCUACAGAGCAGUCAAGUGAUGACUCACACAGGUGCUCAGGCGUCAGCUUCUACGCCAAACUCAAUGCAGGGUCCACCCCAUGUCCAACCAAACAUUAUGGGUGUGCAAAGUAACAUGGCAGGUGUGCCCCCUGGUACAACUGCUGGGCCUAAUAUGGGGCAGCAACAGUCUGGCCUCCAGACCCAGAUGAUGGGCCUCCAGCAUCAGGCCCAGCCCGUGUCUUCCUCCCCCAGCCAGAAGGUUCAAGGCCAGGGUGGAGGUCAAACUGUCCUCUCAAGGCCCCUCAGUCAAGGGCAGAGGGGAGGAAUGACCCCACCCAAGCAGAUGAUGCCU